CUUUUUUUUUUUUUUAGGAUGUCCCCUCAGAAGGUAUCCAGCAUGAUAGUGAAAGAACUCAGUGGUCAUCCAAAGAUUUGCAUUUGGAAUGGUGAAGAGCCAAACCCACACAUGGGACAUUUAGCUUGGGCAGAUGUGUUUGUCAUCACCCCUGAUUCAGUCAGUAUGCUAAAAAACCUGUUCAUGUUAAUGGAGCAGAGAGAUGUACAUGGAAGUUUGAAGACUUCUGAAGGUGUCUCCAACAACGUGGUGUAACUAGGUCGAUAUAUCAGAGAGUUGGAGCUACCGUCCUCUUAGUGAUACUGCAGAAAGAAGCCAUUGCGGCCUAGAAUAGAAGAAUCUUUUGAUCAGAUUUAUCAGUUAUCAUUGCCAUGAAUCACGGAUGAGUAAUUCAGUUGGAUGGUGUUCUGAUUGCCUACUUUGAAGCUUGGUGGUGUGAUUGCUUUCAGACAUAAGACCGAACAGGAGAUACGGUUAAAGACAUUCCCCUAGAAAAUGAUACAGUAACACCCAACACUAUUUUGUGGAGUGUUGAGGAGGUCGUCUGUAGAAUGGACAUGUUUUUGCAAUAUUUUAACAUUGCAACACCUUCAAUACUUGACAAUCUGCCUAAAAGGUCAUUUGGUGUCUUAUAGGGUUAACAAAUGUUUACCAUCUGACUGACUCUAGUGCUGUUCUUGUUCUUAGUA